AUGUUCACUGAGAGAGCGUUGUUCUGCCCUGAGUUUGCUGCUUCUGAGAAAGCUCAGAUGAACUGGUACAUGAACAUGCUCAAGACAGAUACCCGACAACAUGUGUCCACUCAACGAUAUGGUUCUCUCAUUGAGUUACAGGAAGCCACGAGGCAACAUUCAAUGGAUGAUGGAGGGUCUACAACAAACCUAUUAAGUCCAAACAAAGGAAUGGGGGUUGAAACAGGUGUUGGGAUUGAUAAUUCGUCAUCACAAUUAGUACAUGGUAUGGAUCACACAACCACUCCAAAUGAAGAAACAACUAGUCAAAUCCCUAAUGAAAAUGAAAGUGUGAGAGAAAAAAAUAACAAAACCGAUGAAGAUGAACCUAGUGGGUGUGAUGUGGAUUUUGUGCCACCAUUGAUCGGACCGGAUACAAAAUAUGAUGAAAACAAAAUGAGGGAGCCCAUAGCUAAUUGGAUACUAAGUACUGAGCAACCGUUUGCUACUGUGGAAGAUGUAAUGUUUGUAAAAAUGAUGAAGACAGCUACUCCAUUGUUUGAGAAAGUAAGCAGAGUUACAAUUACGUCAGAAUGUUUUAAGGUAUACGAGCAUGAGAAGAAAAGGUUGAAAGCCCUUACAAAAGCUGCCUCUAAAAUCAGUUUAACAACUGAUUGUUGGAAGUCCUCGCAUCAGAAAAUUGAGUAUAUGGUUAUUACUGCACAUUUUGUAGAUCAUAAUUGGAGAUUACAGAAACGUGUAUUAAGUUUUGUACAUGUUCCUCCUCCUCGUAAUGCGGUUGAUAUUGCUGAUGGUUAUAAUGACAAAGCUUUAAGAAGAUUGAAAGAAACUUUUUCGCGUGUAAGAAAACUUUCAUGUGGUGGUAGAUUGUUUCAUAUACGAUGUUGCGCACACAUAUUGAAUCUUCUAGUGAAAGAUGGUCUUGCAAUAAUUGAUCAUAUCAUCGGUGAUGUUCGUGAGGGUAUAAAGUAUAUUAACAAUUCGGAGGGUAGACGUCUAAAUUUUUCAAAGGCUGCACAUCAAAUGCAAAUACGUGAUCGGAAGUUAAUGCUUGAUGUUCCAACACGAUGGAAUUCAACCUAUGAUAUGUUGUGCAUGGCUUUAAAGUUCAAAGAUGCUUUCCUAAGGUAUGCAGAGUAUGAACCACAUUUUCAUCACUUGCCAACUGACAAAGAUUGGGAAAAUGUUCAAAGCGUAUGUGAAAUUUUGAAGGUUUUUAAGGUGUGCACGAAUAUCAUCUCGGGCAGUGAUUAUCCUACUGCUAAUUUAUAUCUAAUUGAAGUGUUUAGAGUGAAGCAAACUCUUGAUAAAGGUUCAUUAUCUACAACCGAUUUUAUUCGUGAUAUGGUAAAGAAAAUGAAGGAAAAGUUUGACAAGUAUUGGGGUGAGUGUCACCUUGCAAUGGCAAUAGCUUCUGUGUUAGAUCCACGGUUCAAGAUGAAGUUGGUUGAAUUUUGCUUUCCAACACUUUAUCAAAAUUCAGACGAGAACAUUAAAGAAGUGAAGAAUGCACUUUAUGAAAUGUAUUCGGAGUAUUUAGAGAUGCAUGACACAUUAGUUAGGGAAUCUGCAACACAUGGAAGCGAACAUGAAAGAAAUGUUUUAGGGUUGAAUGAAGGUACAUCACUUGGAUCUGGAUGGGAGGCAUUUGGAGAGUUCAUAACGACUGCAGAUUUGGAGUGA